GCGCGCGUUUUAUGAAACGACAACUAUGCGUCGAUGUUCGCUCGCUACAGAUAAUUAUUCAUAUUGUGACCGAAAAUAGCUACGCGGUAAACAAAUUUGCAACUUAAUUUUAUUAAAGGAUUUCAUUACAUACAUAUUUUUUACGCCUCGCACAUCGCCGCAGUUGUCUCCGCGAAUCUUAACAGUAGUUAAUCAUAGUUUAUUUUUACCGCGCAACGUGUGUUAAUAAUUGUGCUGGGGCCAGUCGUCGUGCUUCUUUUAUUUUGCUAUCGUGUUUGGUUUGAAUCGCGGCAUUUGUACUGCGGAAACAAUUUCUUGUGCAAAAAAAAUAUACGCGAAACCUCGGGCGUGUUUUGAGACUGUUCACCCACAGACCUAAUUAGACUGAUAAGAAGUGGUCCUAGCCUCGUAAAAAUGAGUAAAGAUUUGAUACAAAAAGUUUGACGAAAGACUGUCGCAUUUUAAAGUUUGAAAUUUGUUUUGGCGCGAAUGACAGCAGAAGGUGCUAACGAAGGAGCACCUAUAGACUGGACAGAAAGUUUGGAAAAGUGUUGAGCAUACAUCUGAUGCCGCGAGUGUUUUUUCAACGCGUUUUCGAGGCUAAGCGCUAGUUGUUUGAACAAGUGUGUUUUCUAAUGGAUUUAUUUUGAGAUUGUAUUCAAAACAUAAGAGCAGUAUCGAUUCAGUCUUUUCAAGAGUAGCGAAGAGGUGUGCCGCAGGGUGCUAUUGUAGGUCGUACACUUUAUACCAAUUAUAGUUAAUGAUAUUGUGUGACGGACAGUAUUGAAUAUUUAACAUACAACAAUCUGUGAUAUCUGGAUGUGUCUCCAACGGGACGAAGACGAUGAUGAUCAUAUAAAUGAUUUGAGACCAAUGGUGCAGCUACCUAUACUGGUAAGUAACCUUGUUCUUUGUUUUUAAAGGUAAGUAACCUCGUAUGUAACUUAGUUUAUUGUUGUGUUUUUAUUUGAGCGCUGUUAUGCUGUCUGGUAGAAUGUACCACCUCACCUUUAUCAAUGGGGGCCAUGAGAUGAUUUUAUAGGGAAAUUGCUAAGGCCCAAUUUACACAGCCGAGGAACGGAACGGAAGCGAAUUUUUAUAACGAAAUUGUACAUAGUAAAAUGAGUUUUAUGUUAAUUGUAUAAAGUUCAAACUAGAUAAUAUGAGCCAAAAAAAGUCGCGCGUCUUCCGUGGAAUUCUCGAGGAUUCCCCUAGCUACUGUUGGCGCGAAAGGUUGUGGAAUCCGCUGGAAGCCGGGAAGUGGCACUUGCAGCAGAGCGGCGACAAACGCUUACGAAACAGGUUGUGUACGUACUGGGUGACUAAAAAACAUGGAUUUAGACGAAAAGUUGAUCUUUUUCGUGCAAAAAUAUGAUCGUUUGAUAACGUACAAGCUAAGCGAGGCGCAGUCGAUGGAAUUCGCGGGAAUGCUCGAGCAAUCCUCCGAAUUCGCGUGGCUUCCCGCGCGACGAGGCGAAAUUGACGCUUCUAUUCCGCCGCAAUGUAAAUUGAGCCUAAAUCAUCAUGACGGUGUAACCAUCAUUAAUUACAACCUAUCACAACUUUAUUGCCUCCUCAAAGAUUGCCUCAUACUUAGGCAACCGCAAUUUACCCAUAAAAAAAAAAAAACUUUUACACCAUUUUAUUUUGGGUAGUCACCAGAAGCAUGAUGCUGGCUAUCUCCUGUAUCAUUUAUAUCUGUCAUCUCUUACGAUUUCCGCAGUAAUGAUAUUUUGUACUAUACUUGUGGCGGCACUACAGUCGCGCCACAUCGAAGCCUAAACGAAAGCGAAACACAUCGAAGCCUAAACAAAGUUCCGAAGUUAAAGUAGUAUAAUAUAUAAAAUAGCUUCGUACUACCACUCGGAACGUUGGCCGCUCCCCGGGCAGAACACCUUGCCCGGCGGGAGAUCUCCCCUUUUCCUUGCACCGGCUACAACACUACCCAAUAUCUCCACCGUGUAGUGGCGGUGUAAGAAUAUCCACUACCCCAAAUCAUCCCUUGGUGUCGUAAGAGACAACAGAGGGAAGCAAAUCAGAAGAUCGGCAGCAGCGUCUUCCUAAUAACGACGAUUGCCACGCGUGGCAACUAUGUCUGGCAUAUAUACCCCCUAUGAAGCAAUCUAUUGGGGAGGCAUAUGAUCAGCAGUGGACUUUAAUAGGCUCUAACGGUAAGGAUACUAUUCUUUACGCUGCCAUUACACGACAAACAUAAUAUUUAUGACUUCAACUUAUUUUUCCUUUAGGUAUGUGUAUGUAAAAUGUUUUUAUUUCUUUUUUAUGACAUUAAUAGCUGCCGAUGACUCAUAUUGACACAAUAUCUUCAAUAUGAUAUAAAAAACCAGCGACCCCAUAUUUGUUUUAAGGAUGAUGUCGUACUUAUUGUAGCUCUAAGCUCCUUAACCCUGGAUCGUUUCAUGAUAAAUUUUUGACAAUCGACUAGCAGUAAAAAAUAAAUCUAAACAGAAGUACAAUAAGGUCUAAUUUGGUCUGAUAUAAAUAAAUGCCCUAGCUCUUACAGACCCUAAUUCCUUUUAAAGGCCAGAAAAUUGUUUGACUAAUAUAGACCUAAUCGCUCUUAUUAAUGAUUCUUUGCUCUGAACCGCCCCAGGGUAUUCGAAUUCAGACUGUCAAUACAUCGAUAUUAUAAAAUAUUUACCUAAAUAUUUUGUAAUCGAUGUGACGCGUGGUGACAUAGCUGAAUUAGGAACUACAUAUUUCAAUUAUGAACAUUGAUAAUGUUCUCGCGGAUGAUUUCGUUGCUGUAUGCAAAAUUUUGUCUAACUUUGGGACAUAUAAUCAACAAAAACUUAUCAAUGUUUAGAUCGUGAUACUUUUCAGCUGACUGCAAAAAAGGAGGAGGUUCUCAAUUCUGUUUUUAUGUGUUACCUCAGAACUUUUUUCUAGGUGAACCGAUUUUAAUGAUUGUAUUUUUAUUUAAUAGCCCGUGUUUCUCUCGUAAUCCCAUAUGAAUUUGAUCAAAAUCUGACCAGUCGUUUUUGAGUUAUUCUUAAUAAUACGUAUUUAAUUGACUUCGACUACAUUGAUGAUGUUCUCAUUUUAUUUAUAUUGAAGUGGAUUGUUAAUUUGUUUAAUUUUGCUCCUUGUUCUAUUUAACAGUACACUAGAUUUACCAUAGUGGCCAAGUUUGGCACUGACACACACCGAUCUGGGUGUUUAUAAUCUCGAAUAUACGAUUUUUUAUGGAAUAUAAUGGUGACAACUAAGCACACAGUCCACCAUACACGAUCAAGUUUACCGUCAAGUUUGCAGCGCGCUUGAAGCGGCGUCCAGUUUGCAGUGCAUCCAUAUGGACCACUCACGUUCAAGUUCGCCGUCAAGUUUGCAUGAUGCCGCAUCAGUUGAAACCAUGGCGUCACUAGUGACGGACGACGAUGCGUUAGCCAUCCUAGGCUUAUUGCUCGCAAUU